AUGCCCGUUUCUGCACCGGACGGCGGGCGACACAGAGCGCAGAUAUCACCUCCGAUAUUAUAAAACCGGCUCCUGUAUCCACGAGACGGACUCCAAGGGCCACUGCAGUAAAAACGGGUCGCACUGCGCCUUCGCCCACGGAUCACAUGACCUGCGCAGCCCUGUGUACGACAUCAGGGAGGUUCAGGUGAUGGAGUGUCAGGGUCCCUCGGAGGGGGGGGGAGGCGGAGGAGAGUCGGGUCAGGCGGCGAGUACAGCGCUCAUCGAGAAGAUCCUGAGCGAAGAGCCACGCUGGCAAGAUAACAACUACGUCCUCUCCCACUAUAAAACGGAGCUCUGUAAGAAACCUCCUCGUUUGUGUCGUCAAGGUUACGCCUGUCCGUACUUCCACAACAGCAAAGACCGGAGACGCAGCCCGCACAAACACAAAUACAGAGCGCUGCCGUGUCCGGCGGUGAAGCAGAGCGAGGAGUGGGGCGACCCGAGCAAAUGUGAGGGGGCGGAGAGCUGUCAGUACUGCCACACCCGGACCGAGCAGCAGUUUCACCCCGAGCAUUUAGACCAUGAGGCUGUUUUAGAUCAGGUUUUUGUAGUAGACAUGGACGGACAUCAGGAGGAAGACAACAGCAAGGGGUUGUGA